UCCAUUCGGGUCAGAGACUUGUGCAAGACAAAGGUGCUAUACCACAAUGAUUAAAGGACUAACAGCUUUGAUUUUUCUCGGUACAAUAUGUCAAACCAUAAACGCACUUCAGCCAAUCUCUGUGAUUGCAGCUGAACCUGGUGAAAAUGUGACUGUGCCUUGUUCAUUUCAAGUAGAUGAAGCUGGACUGUUAAACUGGUACAAGCUAAAGUUUGGAUACAUGGUCCAAGCAAUCGCAACAGGAAGUUUUGACAAAAUUACACUUGAAGAACAAUUUAACAACCCAAGAUUUACAAUUACCAAUGUGGCUGCUCUCUACUAUCUCACAGUUAGAAAUGUGAGCAAAGAAGACGAAGCAACGUAUUUCUGCCAGGUGGGAACUCCAUACACCAUGAAAAUUAUGGAUGGAAUACAUUUGGCAGUGAAUGAUCAUAAAAAUCACCAGAGUUCAGUGUACAUCAAACAAAUCCCAGAGUCACAGUCCAUCAAGGCCGGCGACUCAGUGAGCCUCCAGUGUUCCCUUCUCUCCAAGCAUAAAGAAACCAGAGAGCAGUGUCCAGGUGAACAUAAUGUGUACUGGCUCAAAGCUGGAGCAGGAGAAUCCCAUCCAGCUGUUAUUUACUCUCAAAGUGACGAUAAGCAGAAGAGAAGUUGUGCCUAUAGUUUUUUAAAAACUAUAGAGAGCUCGUCUGAUGCUGGGACGUACUACUGUGCUGUGGUCACAUGUGGACAGAUCCUAUUUGGUGAAGGAACGACUCUGGACACAAAAAUUGGCACACAAGACUGGAAUCCUAUACUCAUUGUCCUUGGGACACUGCUGGCUCUCUGUGUAAUUGUGAUUGCUGUCCUUAUUUUCGCCACAGAGGGAUGAUGGCAUACAGCCAUAGAACUACUCUGCUGCUGGACUUCUCUACAGUGGAAAACCAGGACAAGUAAAACACAUUAAAAUUGCACAUUACAUAUAACAUUGUUAAUUGCAGAAAAAAGAUCUAAAUGUGUAUUUUAUAGCAUGAGUGUUGUGUUAUUAUAAACAAACAGGUUCUUUGUGCAUAUUUUUCCAAAGUCAGAAAUGUCUCUUGCUAACAAUGUAAUACUAACUGAUUGGUUGCUCAAAUUUCCAUCAUAGGGGAUAAGCUCUAAAUGAAGAAAGAGAAACUUCAGAAGCAAUUCACUCCCAAAACAUACAUGCAAAAAGGCAAAUAAUUCCAUGAUUGACUCUUGAGCAUAUCCACCAAUGCACACAAGGAUCUCCAAAUAAGCCUCAUGAAACAUCUUUCAGCUUUGUUGGCUGAAUUUGUUUUGUUCAGACAUGAAUAAAUAUUUCUGUUGAUGACUAAUUUUAUCAUCCUGAAUAAUUCCUCUGAGCUUUAAUAAAAUUAUUUGCCUGAAAUGUAGAAUAUAUGGGAUUACUGCACUGAAAAAGAUGACUACUCCUGUGGUAUAUACAGCAUAUUUAUUAUGCUAUUAAAAAUAUCUCCAACAGUUUCCAUUGUCUGAAAAAUUCUUAAUUUUUUGUAUUUGUUAAGGGGCGUGUCCUGUGACAGACACAGAAUGUUUAUUGUAGCCAUAAAAACAUUUGGUAUUAUAUUGAAGACUAUGCUUCAGGAAACAUGAACAGCUACUGGAAGGUUCUGUUCUGUUGUUGUAUUUCAUUCAUGUGUUUUUUGCUGCAUGUAACAUAGGACUCCCUCACCUUCCCCGAAACCCAUAAACUUGCAACACAUUUCCAGGUCAAGAGAGACCAGACCUCAGCUCCAGCCACCUCCAUGUUCACUUCUCAUUUUGAAUUGAGGACUCUGUACAAUAUAAAAAUUGCUUUCCAUAAGGUGUAUCUACCAAAAAGUACACCAAUGUUUUAGUUUCAUGGAUGAAUUUCAUACAGGGAGAAAAGCUGUUAAAAGUGCCUUUCCUGGUUAAUCAAAAUGUUGAUGUACUGUUGAGUGAAUACAACAUAUGAAGUGUAGUUUUUUGCAAUGUCCUCUGUAAAAAUAAGAAGGAGGAGAAUGCAACUUGUCAUCUGUUAUUGUUUUGAUUGAGAACAUUUUACAUACAUGUUAAAAUCGUGAUUUAUGAUAACCCAUGAUGAUCAAUUAAAAAUGUCACUGUUUUGUGUAAGGCAGUGCAGCUUAACCUCUUGUUAGCAUGAGAAUUGUGCCAUUUCAUUGCCACAUUGACUUCUGUCUUAUCAAAAUAAUCAAAUAUUAAAAAUUCUGAUUAUACAAAGUGAGAUGUUUUGCUAAACCAUUGCUAAAUGCUAAACUAUGCUAUCCCAUUAUCUCUCAACAUUGCUGCUUUUUUCAACAACUAUUUUUCAGCAAAAUGCAGAUGAAAAAAGAAAAUUAAUGUGAUCAAACAAAAAAUUCAAAAAGG